AUGUUCUUCUUCAAGCAGGCGUCGUCCAAUCAAAAGAACCGUCUCGAAUUCUGUCACGUCUCGCCAUUGCACGUCUCCUAUAUAAAGAGCGUACAGGCCACCAAUACGAAGAUGCUGAAGCUAUGGGCUCCGAGCUUCCACAAAGCCCACAAGAAGUACAUCGAAUCCGGCUGCUUGUGUGAGCACGAGCAGACCUUGGAAAGUUACUGGGAGCCGCUUCACGAGAUCGAAAAGGUCCACACUGUCAUUGCCGAACAAUGCCUCGCCGUCGCAGGCGAUCUCGAGGUAGCCGAAAAGACGAUGCAUAAGGCUGAGCACAACUUCCGGAAGACUGCUGAGAUACUUACCGAUGACCUAGUGGAAUUCGUCGAUCAGAAGCACGCUGUUCAUGGACAGAUGCCCAUGCGCAAAAAGCUUUACAACAAAGUCCUGAAUACGUUCAAUGGACGCAAGGUCAGUGCCCUACCCCAAUUAACUGGAGCCGUAGGGGCUGCCUAUCGCGAACACCUCGAGCUCAAGCAACUCGAGGCCGCGGCCGCUAAGAAAGGUCAGUCUUCCAAAGAUUUGAAGAUGAAGAGGGAUGAAGUUGUACGUUGGCGCAACGUGUACGUCAACCUGAAAGACUACAAUGAGGAAUUACAGGUCGUCAAGCGGAGGGCGAACAUCACAGAGGCAGCAAUUAAGCACAUUUUGCAAGAAGAAGAGAGAUGGGGUCGUGAAUAUUAUGGGAGCUUGAAGAUCGAAAAGACGAUGAAUGUUGCAAAAGACGGCCUUGGCCCUCUGAUUUGCAAGCAAUGCGACGGAUGGUGUUGGAAUGAUGCGAAGAAGCCGGUCUUCCGGUUUGGUGUUCGUGUCGUCUAG